AUGUCACUAAUUUUCAGGGUGGCUUAUGAAUGGGUUCCUCCUUUCAAGCUCUACACAAUUGACAUUACCAAUUGUGGUGUUGGUCCUGCCUUUUCUGUAUGGCUUCAAUCACAGACCGAACUGUCUGAUGUCAACCUUCACAACACUGGAGUCUCAGACUCUAUACCAGAAGAAUGGUUCUUGAAGUUAUCUUCCAAACUCCAACAUAUGGAUUUAUCUUACAACCAAAUCCAUGGAAGGCUUCCAUUUCAAUUCAAAUGUCCAAAUUUAUAUCAUAUAGAUUUGAGUCACAAUCAUUUUGAAGGUCCACUCCCACUUUUAUCUUCUAAUGCCUCUAUCCUCAAUUUUCAAAGCAAUUUAUUUUCAUGGCCUAUUCCCUUAGAUUUUGGACAACUGAUGCCCAAAUUGGAAAUUUUGUAUCUUUCUGAGAAUAAUUUGAAUGGUGCUAUUCCAGCCUCUCUUUGCAACAUGCAAAACUUGUCAAUGCUCUCCCUAAGGAGGAACCAGUUAAGUGGAGUCUUCCCUCAAGCAUGGAGUCUGUGGCACAAUAUGAGGGUAGUAGAUGUGGCAGACAAUAAUCUCUCUGGCAAUAUUCCAAGUUCAAUGGGUGUCCCAAGUUCUCUUAUCAUAUUGAAGAUGAACAACAACAAUUUUGGCGGCAAAAUUCCUUCCGGUUUGAAAAAUUCAACAUCUUUGUGCAGCAUUGAUCUUGGAGGCAACAAAUUUACUGGAAGUGUUCCUCGGUGGAUUGGAUCAAACUUGUCCAUGUUGUCUACUCUACGAUUGCGAUCCAACUUGUUAAGUGGACAUAUCCCCCACCAGUUGUGA